GUUGGACCCGACUCUUAGGAUUUGGUCAGUAUCAUUACUUUUCUGCUGCGGUGCGGUGCUGUGCUGCCACUCCCCUCUUCUCCUUUCUUUCUCCCUCCCUCUCAUCAAUUCCUCUGAAACUUUCCUCCUUCCAAUCUUUAUGGCGUUUCUCCCCUCUUUCUCUUCUCAUCUCUCAUUCCCCUUUUCAUAUUUUCAUUAUCACGCUCAUUAAACACUUGGGCAACUUUCAAUUUUCCCAUUCUUGCAAUUCUUCCGUUUUUCAGCCUCAAAUUUGGAGUUUUCCUCCUCGAAGCUUGGAGAGCUCCCUGCCUAAGUUCCAUUGCAGAUUUCUCUUUCUUUUUGCCCAUUUAGUUCUCUGUGGAGGAGUCUGCGUCAUUUGUCAAAAGGGUUUUUUCCGCUGGCUUGGUGUUUUCUUCAAUUCUUUUGCAGGGGGAUUGAAGAAACCUAUUAUUUGUGGGGACACACACUUCUUUUGUUCCUGCAACUGUUAGUUCAAUAAUUGGAAUUUGUUGCUGGUCUUAGGGUUUAUGGUCUUCUGUUAUGAUUUCCAGGGACAUUUGUUUUAGGGGCUCAAAGCUUGUUGGAUCGUGUACGUAGUUUUUCCCUUUUGACUUGAGAUCUGGCAGUUUUAGCUGAGAAUUUGUGGUCUUAUGUAUUUUGGGUAAUCUUGAUGGACUGGUGGUCAACAUUCAGGAACAGGUUGAUUUCAUACAGUAGUUAUUGGGAUGAACGAUACUGCGUCCAUUGGCCGUUUUUAUGGACUCCUGCCCAUGUAAUUAGCAUUUAAUUUUUGACUUGGAUUCUUGUUGAUUGUUGUAUGAAAUAUUGGCCAAAAUGAUGGGACAUGGUAACUGUUUUGUGGAGUGGAAGGAGCAAUUUGUAUCCCAAGAACGAGGAAACCGCGUGGUUCAUUAUUUUUUAAAGGAUUCUGCUGGAGAGUCUAUUCUUGCUGUUGUGGGGACUGAGAGGAGCGUCAGACACAUGUUUUAUGUUGUUGCCGAUGAGUUCUUGCAAGCUCAUGGGAAGGAAAGUUCUGUCCAUGCUGGUUUCAAAUGGAGAUCGAGGAGGGAGGUUGUGGACUGGCUUACUUCCAUGUUAUCCAAGCAGCAUUCUUCUGGGGAUCAUUCUGAACCUGGUAAAUUUGAUGCAAUACAAACACUGGGGUCUCUUCAAUUUUCACAAAGUGGAGUAGGUGUCCCGCAAUCUGAUGUACCAGAUGAUAAGGUUCGCCCAUCAAGGAAUUCCAAGGGACUUGCAUCAGAUAUUGUAUGGUCCGGUGCUGCAUGGACUUGUGGUAAACGACUCAAGCAUUACCCAUCAUUUAGCAGGAAUGGAACUUCAAUCAUGGUACAUUCCUUUGUUUAUGUCAUGGCUAAGGGAGAAAACCACUAUCUUGCUUACCUGGAAGACAUGUACGAAGAUAAGAGGUGCCAGAAAAAGGUGAAAGUGAGGUGGUUUCAUCAUAGUCAGGAGGUGAAAGGCGUGAUCACAUUACGAAAUUCUCACCCGAAAGAGGUUUUCAUCACACCAUAUGUGCAGGCCAUUAGUGUUGAGUGUGUUGAUGGUUCUGCGACAGUCUUAAAUCGUGAACAUUACGAAAAAUGUAUGAAUGCCUUUCCUCAUGAUUCACUUUCCAAAGUUCAUCUUUGCUAUAGGCAGUUCAAAAGCAACCGGUUAAAACCCUUUGACCUGAGUAAAUUGCGUGGCUAUUUUGAUCAGCCAGUCUUCUCUUGUUUGUGUCUCAAUGGAUUAUCAAAAUCUGAGCACAUGUUUGAUAACUUGACGGGGGAAGAUGAUGAAGAUUUGGACCCAAAAAAUAAUGUUAGACCAAAAGUUAAAAGGAUCAGAAAUGCUAAAGGAUGUGGGACAUUUGAGUUUGAAAAUGCAAAAGUUAGAAAAUCUGGUAGUCGUCGACAUAUGCUGACUCAUAAAUCUUGUCAGAAGCAUAGUUACAGCUUUUUAGGCAGUGGGUUCCUUUCACAUAAACAUGUUUUGAAUGAUAAUGACCCAAUGUAUGAGGUCAAUGAGAAGAUAGAAUUACUGUGUCAAGAUAGUGGCAUUCGAGGCUGCUGGUUCAGGUGUACAGUCUUGCAUGCAUCACCAAAACAAAUUAGAGUACAAUAUGAUGAUUUGCAAGAUGAGGAUGGCUAUGGCAACCUUGAGGAAUGGGUUCCUGCUUGUAAAGUUGCUCUACCUGAUAAGCUCGGCAUGAGGCACCCUCAUCGCCUAAUUACAAGGCCAGCCCCACAAGAGCAAAUCGAGCUAACCCUUGAUAUUGGUGUUGCGGUCGAUGCGUGGUGGAGUGAUGGCUGGUGGGAAGGGGUCGUUACUGGCCUAGAUGAUUCAGGCAAGGAUAACGUGGAUGUUUACUUUCCAGGUGAAAGCUUAUUAUUGAACGUACACAAGACCAAUCUUCGAAUAUCUAGAGAUUGGUUUGAGGGCCGCUGGAUUAAUGUCGAGGCAAGACCAUCUAUACUUUCAACAAUAUGUGACAUUAACAGAACAGAUGAUAAACAUUCCAAGUCUGUUGCUCAUGUCAAAUCCAACAGUUUAGCUAUGCCAUGCAUCGACGUUAAUGCCGGGACUGAUUUUAGUCAGAUGAAGGAGGAAACACUCGAGGAAACUGCAAUAGCUAGUCUUGAAAAGCUUCGUGAAGCAAACGAUGAGCAGAAGCAAGUGUCAUCAGAAGAAGAUGAGCAGAGUGAGGAUGAUAUGGCUGACACCAAAAACACGACUCAUAAUAUGAAGAACAAUAAUGGGGAAAGUGAUGAUAAUACUAGUAGUGGUAGUGAGGAUGAUAAUGAUGAUAAUAGCAAUGGUGUGAAAUCAGAAAUGGAUUCCAUGGAAACUUCUGAACAGAACUGUAGAGAGGAAGAAGCAGAGGAUAUGGAUAUGGAUAUGGAAGGUGUAGAUGAAUAGUACAGUAGAGUUUAUAUAAUAUGAAUAGUUGCAGUGUUUUGGUUUUUCUAUCGAGCAUUUGCAACUGCUGUGUUUAUUCUAGGUUGUUGUAAAUAGUUUGGUUGGUGUUUGGCGGUUAGUGGUGGUGGUGGUGGUGUAUAAAGCUAACUUCUUAGAACAAUUUCACUUGGUGUUGGUGCUAUUCCUUAAUAUGUACAGAAUUGAGGUCUGGUACCAUAUCAGUCGGCUGUGUUAAGUUGAGAGUAAGUAAGAUCUUCCUCAACCUUGCUCUUAGUGAUGUAGCAAAACUAUUCUUCAUGGACUACUUUGUCUAGGAUUUCAAGGACAUUUAAUGUAAAUUAAUUCAAAUGAUACUAUGUUAGUUAAAUUAAAAGUUUAAUCUUGAAAGUUUUUGGUUCCUGUUUUUAA